CACUCCCCCACAUUUAUCAAACACAUUCACUUUAUCACCUUUUUCUCUUCAUCAUCUCACCAUCAAAUCAAAAUCACAAAACACACAAAAACAUUCUCUUCCAAAUAUGAAACUCGCCAAACUUAAUCCAAAACGUUUCUUCAUCAGAUCCAAAGACCGUUCCACAGUUUCCAAAUCCCCCACUUCUUCCUUCGGAUCUGCUUCCUCUUCUUCCGGCCAAGACUGUAUUAUUAUUAACAAAUCCUGUAACGGAGGAGAAGGAGGCGGUUCCGUUACGCCUACUAGCAUUCUCCCUGAGGUUUCUUGCAACCCUUCUCCUCCUCCUUACUCAUACGUCGAGAUCCUCCAAGCGUUUAAGCUGAUCGACAGAGACAACGAUGGAGCCAUCUCUAGACACGAUCUUGAGUCGUUGCUUACCCGUCUCGGUCCUGAUCCAUUGACGGAGGAUGAGAUCAACGUUAUGAUCAAAGAAGUUGGUUGCGAGGAGGGAGACGACGGUACCAUCCGUUUAGAAGAGCUUGCGAGCCGUGUAGUACUCUCUUUGGAUCCGUCUCGUGACUCUGCUGAGAUGAAGGAGACGUUCGAGUUCUUUGACGCGGAUCGUGACGGUUUGAUCUCAGCUGAGGAGCUUCUUAGAGUCUUUUCGACUAUAGGAGAUGAGCGGUGCACGUUAGAUGAUUGUAAGCGUAUGAUAGCUGAUGUUGACGAGGACGGUGACGGUUUCGUUUGCUUCACUGAGUUCUCACGAAUGAUGAUGGAUCUUCAGCGUUGAUCUCUCUCUCUUUCUCUUCUUCGUUUUUUUUUUUUUUUGCUUACUCUGUUUCUUUUUUGUGGUUCUUUUGCUAUGAAGAAGCUCUUUUUGCCCUUUGUUUUAGGGUUAUGACUUAUGAGUAUGAGUAUCGUUUGUUUUUUCUUGAGAUUAGUAGAUGUUUAUAUUCUGGAAUCUGAAUGAAGUGAUGGAUGCAAUAUGAGACUGAUCUUUCCACUUA